AUGGGUUUGCAGUCAGUUCAGAAGAAGCACUUCCCCCUGCGGGGGAUCGACGGCGUCGUUCAGCUGUUUGACGCCGAGCUCCGCAAGUCUGAGCCGGACCUGGCCCUCCUCUCCCUGGUCCUGGGUUUCGUUGAGCAUUUCCUAGCCGUAAACCGGGUCAUCCCCAUAAACGUUCCGGGGGUCCGGUUUGAGCCUCUGGAGCCGGACUGUCCCAACUCCUGCUUCCCCACGGUGGAGCUGGGCAUGAUUUCUGCACUUUACGAGCGCUUCACGGCCCAGAUCCGCGGCGCGGUGGACCUGUCCCAGUUCCGGAGGACGGCUGCAGGUUCCAGCAGGGAGCUGGUGAAGAAAGUGUCCGAUGUGAUCUGGAACAGCCUAAGCCGCUCUUACUUCAAGGACCGGGCCCACAUCCAGUCCCUCUUCAGUCUCAUCACUGGUACCAAACUGGACAGCUCUGGUGUGGCAUUCGCAGUGGUGGCAGCCUGCCAGGUUCUGGGUCUGAAGGACGUCCACCUGGGACUGUCUGAGGACCACGCCUGGGUGAUUUUCAGCAAAAACGGGGAAGAGACGGCCGAGGUCACCUGGCACGGAAAGGGCAACGAGGACCGGAGAGGGCAAACAGUGGCAGCGGGAGUCAACGAGAAGAGCUGGCUGUACCUGAAGGGCUCCUACAUGAAGUGUGACAGAAACAUGGAGGUGGCCUUCAUGGUCUGUGCCAUCAACCCCUCGCUGGACCUGCACACCGACAGCUCCGAGCUCCUGCAGCUGCAACAGAAACUCCUGUGGUUGCUGUAUGAUCGAGGCGACCUGGACAGGUAUCCUAUGGCCAUGGGCACUCUGGCAGACCUUGAAGAUCAGGAUCCAAUCCCAGGCAAGGAGAACCCCAUGAAAAUCCACCUCAAGGCUGUGAGCUCUGCUCAGAAGCACUACAACAACGAGCACAUCUACCCCUACAUGUACCUGGCUGGUUUCCAUUACAGACACAGGGCUGUGCGGGAGGCGUUGAGGGCCUGGGCCGAGGCCGCUCGGGUCAUGCAGGAGUAUAACUAUUUCCGUGAGGAUGAGGAGAUCUACAAGGAGUUCUUUGACAUUGCCAACGAUGUUAUCCCCACUCUGCUGAAGGAGACGGCCGCUGCUGCCGAGAGUCCUGGGGAGGGGGGAGAAGGGGGGGAAGGAGCUGACAAGGAGCACCCCAAGCAGGCAGCAGCCCUCUCAGCACUCCAGGACCCAGAAUGCUUUGCCCACCUGCUGUGUUUCUAUGAUGGCAUCUGCAAAUGGGAAGAGGGCAGUCCCACGCCGGUCCUUCAUGUGGGCUGGGCCACCUACCUGGUCCAGUCUCUGAGCCGCUUUGAUGCUCAGGUGCGCCAGAAGGUGUCGAUCAUCAUCAAGGAGCCAGAGUCCCAGGAUGAUGACGACAUGUCCAGCGACGACCCCCGGGAGGGCCGCAGACGAGGACCCAGGAGAGAGUCCAAGCUGGAUGAGCAGGGCUCUCCUCCUCCUGGUGCUCCCUCCUCCCCCUCCACUCAGCCCCCAGCUGCUACAGCAGCAGCCCAGCCCAAGAAGAUAGGAGAGGGAGGGGGCCGUCGACGCUCCUCCCAGGGCCUGCGGGCCGGGGACGCCGAAGGAAAACCCAAGUCCCCCAGCCCGGAUUCUUCGCCCUCAUCCCAGCAACAGGCAUCCCCGUCCCCGGCCGGCCCCGUGGUCGCCUUCCAGAGCGAGAAGAUGAAGGGGAUGAAGGGGCUUCUGUGUGCAGCCAAGGUGAACUCCAGCGCCAUCAAGCUGCAGCUUACCGCCCAGUCACAGGUCCAGAUGAAGAGGCAGAAGAGCACGCCGGCCGGGGACUACUCCAUGUCCUUCAUGAAGCGGCAGCGCAAGUCCCUCUAGACGCCAACUCCUGUUGCAGGAGUUGGUGAGAAAUGGGAGGAGAUACUGUGAACAGCAACACGGAGACCCGAUUAACCUCGCUUUUGUUUGUGAAACGUUUUUGUUCUGUUUUGUUACCAGUGUUUUCAUCCAGACGCCCGCUUCAGUCAACAUCCUCGUCAUUCCAGCAAUAUAUUUGACUUGCAACACUCGAGUUAAGCGUCACAUAUCAGGUUUAAAAAGGAAGGAGUGAAACAUUUCAUUCUGUUUUUAUUUACGACUUUCUGGAGGAACUGUCUGGUUUUCUAGAGAUUGUAAACACUCAUUCGUCAUUAGUUUGUGUUUUAAUUGGCAGCCAAUUGCACACUGACUACUAACUUGUCAUUGACUUACAUGUGGAUGUUUUGAAGCCAAAGUAACGAGGAUGACCAGAAUGCUGCGUACAGAUGUGUAAAUAUCAACUUGUACCGUUGGGACCCUGUCCAUGACUGAAGCCUUGGAAGUGAUUCAUUUAGGAUAGUUACUGUGUAACAUUGUCCACUUCUGCUCUAUCGACAGCUUAUUUCUUGCCAGCUCUAUGUUGCCUUACUUUGCCUUUGUUCUUAUCUAAAGUAGACGGCCUUUAGUUCUGAGAAUAGCUACACCGGGCCUAUUUCUAAUGAUUAGAGAAGACCAGGAAGACCAUGCACUGUUGAGACCGUGGAGCCACAUUAGGUGGCCCCUGUUACAUCCUAUUUGCUUGAUGACUUGUGGUUUUUGUUCUUGUUUUUUUUGUAUCUGCAAGUAAUAAAGACCUGAUAAAAACA